AUGGCAGUGCGCAUGCGCCUACUGAGCGAUCGUGACUCCGAGGCCACCAGCAGCGUCCUCGUGGUCAUCAGGCCCGCGCCCAUGGUAAGGCCGACUCCCGCAACGUCGAGGCACUCUACCACGAAUGAAUCUACAAUGGUCUCGCCAAACCGCAAGAGACGUUCUAACGACGCCGCGCAGUCGUCAGCCAUGAAACGUCGCCAGUCGAAGAAAGACCCCCUGUCGCCCGGGGUACGGGUGAACGUGGCAGAGCGUGUGCGCCUACUGAGCGUUCGUGACUUCCAGACCGCAAGCAUGGUCCGUGUGCUGGACGACAGGUGCCAUGUGUUCUACCCCAAGGCCGAGGUGGAGUCUUUCCAUUUUCAAGACGGGGGUAACUUCAAGCCCAAUGAAGACCAAACGUUCACGUUUUAUGAGUUCUUCGAUGAAACAGAAGAAAAUGUGUAUGUGUGUGAGAACACCACCAGGGGCAUUCUGAGGAUGCUCCUUGACGGGUGCAAUUGCUCUGUAUUGGCGUGCAUUUCUACGGGCAUCGACAAAGCUUUCGCAUUGCUGUGCUCCGAGGAAUGCCCCGGAGUGGUCUCCCUCAUGGCCAGCGAGUUGUACCAUCGCGCGCCCAAGCUGCAGUCCGAGGGCCCGACAUGCGACGUAGCAGUCGCCUGUCUGGAAGUCUACAUCGAGGUUCUUCGCGACCAGAUGUGCCUCGACCCGGCCAAGGUCAUUGCCAUGUUGAACCUCACCACACACAAGGUGAAGGAGGCCGGCACUCUCCUCGAGCCGCUCUUGAAAGGAAAGAACCGGACGCAGCAUGCCACCGACGCUGAAUGCCGAGUCUUCAUGGUCGCAUGCCAUCUUACAGAGCUGCGUCACAGUUACGGAGAACGCGACAAGCACGAGUAA